AUGGAUGAGAUAAGGAAUCUGGUUUGGAAUGGUGCCAUAAAUGUGAAAUUAACUGUUAAGUCCACAUUACUAAUUGCAGGUGUAAAAAAAGAGCGAUGCUCUUUGAAUAUUCGAAUUCCAAGGGACAUUUAUUUACCAAUGUACUUACCAUUCAUGAAAAAUCAAGUUAAAGACUAUUUGAAGGCAGAUAUAGAUGAUAGAGAGCUCUUCGUGUGGUUUGAAUACGAAAAUGUGCCUUUAUACUGGAAUUACCCAGUUGGAGUACUCUUUGACUCUAUGACAAGUUUGAUUCCAUCGGGAAGAAAACGCGGCGAUACUUCUUCAUCAAUUAAUAUGUGGACAAUAGAACUUGCAUAUGGUCCGCAAGCUCCUUCUGGAGUUCUUCCAAUCGUCAAAGGACAAGAACAAAUCCAGGGCUAUUGGAUGCACCAAUGGAAGCAAGUGUGCUUCAUCCUAAAUGGUUCAGCUAAACAGAUGAUGUCCUUGGCAAUGUACGACUCAAAAAAAUUCUGGGAAAGUGUCAUUAAAAGAGAUAGGAAAUCAUUUGAAUUUAUUGCAACAAAAAUCAUACCUGCAAAACCUCGUCAUAUUCCCGUAGUCAUUCAUCAAUCUUUACCGGAGAUGCAAAUUAUGCAACCCGUCAUUUCGGCUUUUCAGGCCGAUCAGCAUGAGGAAACAUUCAUGGAUGUUCUUACUCAUCUCUUACCUGUACUAUUUGAGAAAAAAGGUAGAGCACCGAUUAAGAUUGUGUGUUCCGGUAUUGAAAUUCCGCUAGAAGCACAUAUUUACGAAACCUACCUCCGAUUUUUUAGCUUUGAUGGAUUUUUGCAUAUUUCAUUAUGCCUACUGACUGCAAAUGAAGUGGCCAUAGAGGGACUCGAGAACUAA